CAUCUACAUUUUGUAUAUCUUUUGUAUAUUUUGUAACGAGAUCAUGGCCGGAAAGAAAACAGAAAACUCAAAGAAGGCAGCUGGACAAGCCCGCAAAGCCGAUGCAGCCAACGCAAAGGCCGCGGCCGCGGACGCGAAAGCAGCCGCCGCCGAAGCAUCAGAGUGGGACAAAGGAGCAAAGAAGGGAAACGCAAAGAAGGAGGCGGACGAGGCAAAGAAGGCCGAGGCCGCACGCAAGAAAGCCGAGCGAGAAGCGCUGCUGAAGGAGGAGAUGGAGAGCUUGCCUUCGAAACCAAAGGUUAGUCGAGGCGCUGAGAAGCUUGCAAAUAAGAAGAGCAGCAAGAAUCAGGACUUUAUGAGUAAGAAGGACUCGGUCACGUUGAACGCGAGUAACAUCGACGACGCGCUGGAUGCGCUCUCGAUCAGUACCGGCUCGGGACCUGUUGCUGCCAAGGGACCGAACGGCGGAGUCGAGCGCCAUCCGGAGAGACGGUACAAGGCUGCGUUGUUGGCGUACGAGGAACGAAGACUGCCGGAGGUCAAGGAGGAGUUUAAGGGAUUGCGGCAGAACCAGAUGAAGGACUUGAUCAAGAAGGAGUUCGACAAGAGCGAGCUGAACCCGUUCAACCAGGUCACUGUUGCGCACAACGCGACGCAGGAUGAGGUCAAGGCGUUGAAGGGCAAUUUGAAGGAGGCGACGGAGAAGAGAUUGGCGGGUAAUUAGUGUGUUGAUACAGUCAGA